AUGACUGAACAUACUCAGGUGUAAGUUUUUGCAAAUAAAUAAAGGUAAAAAUUAGUAUAAUUGUCUGCUGUUGCACCUAUUUUGCCCGAUACGUAUAGAAGGAUUUUCAACUCACCUAUGUCUCUCUUUCCUGCCUAUACCAAUAAUGAUGAAGAUCUAAAUAGCGAUGCACAACCGGGAGAUACUCCAACACAUACGUCCACCUGGCUAGCUAACUGCAGCUUCCCUUUGGAAAACGAACAUAUUAAAAAUUUGGGAAAUGUGAAAUACAUUCAAUCGAGUACUUCAUCCAGCGAUGUCGAAAUCGAAGAUUCGAAAUCAAAGCAUAAGAAAAAGAAAAAGUGUAAGAGAAAAAGUAAAAUUAAAGGUAAGGAUGAUUGUGAAAUGAAAAUAAUAUUGCCUGCACUGGAAUUCAACGGCAAUGAAGAAUAUUACGUGGACAAGUCCAAGGCACAACAAUUCCUUUCUGUACGCACUUUACAUAAACCAGCUUGCCCACGAUACCGCCACACAUAUUGCUUCCCUGUGGGAGGUUGGCGUCGGUAUGACUUAAAUAGUGAAAGAAAAGAUAAUAGGCGCUAUUUUCAAAUGAAGCUUAAAAAGUCUAGUAAUCAGGCUUGUGAUAAUGUCAUUCCGCUUCUAGAUGAAAAUGAAUAUACUGCGCGACUGGGCCUAUUGAAUCGAAAAACGUUUGAGACAACUUGUGAUCUACAAGUCUGGUUGGAUUUACUGUUAUUGCAAGACCAAAAUCCAUACAAAUGGUCCCGCUUGUUACUAGCUGAGAGGAAAUUGGAUAUCAUAAAUAGGGCUUUAGCACGCUUUCCGCGCAAUGAACAAUUGUACAGACUAUUUAUUGACAUUAUUAAUGUUACAUAUCCUUCUUUUGAGGUGACAAAGAUGUUGGAUCGUUUACUGAAUAAAGAUCCUUACAAUUACACAUUAUGGACAGCGCAGAUAAUGACUACCCAGGGUUCAAUGGCUCGAUGUAUCGUUCCAGAUGUGCUUCAUAUCUAUGAGCGUUGCAUGUCAAAAAUGCACCGAGCUCACCAAAUUAACUCACCCUCUGUCGAAACAGCGAGCUCCAGCUCAGACGAUAUAAUGAUUCGAUUAUUCAACAAUUGCGCGCUAUUUCUCCGACAAGCAGGACUAUAUGAGAAAUUCAUUGCCUUACUAAAGCUUGCUCUGGAAUUAAAUGUUUCGACCGAUCACUUCAAAGCUUUUACUCCUCUGGAAUCUGAUCAAAACACUCUUAUUGAAUUUGAGGAACUUGUUUUACAAUCGGGAUUACCUAUGAAUGAAAUAUGGCUCCGCAUCGAAAGACUUCGCCAAGGAUUUAAUUUUUUACCAUGUUCGGACACGAUUAAAUGCAAUGAUCCACAACGUAUUGUAUUCAACGAAGAUAUAUGCCAUUACAUCUAUCCAUUAAAAUCGCGAGAAAAUUCAUUUUAUUUAAUACUUUUAACUUUACGACUACUCAAAGUGCCCUUCAUUCAGUGUGAAGGAAUGUCAGAAAAGUUCAGCGCGCAUUUGGAGCAAAUAGGCGACUCCGACGCUAUCGAAGAUAUACUAGCAGUUUGUUUGCAGCGUAGUUUUGCUAUUUCUCAAAAUUUACAAAAUGAAUUUCAAAAGGGAAUUUUUACACUUGCCAAGGAAAUGGCUGUAAGUCCUACGUUUUUAAGUAACACAAUCGGCCAUGAUAUCUACACUCGUUGCAUCACUAACCUCUUGCUUGAAUGUGCCGCCUCAUAUGAACACAUUGAUAAAAGGAAGCGCGAGUUCUUUGUUGUUCUCUGGUGCCGCUUUGAGCGUUUGUUGUUGAUUCUUCAACGGUGUUGUUCAAGAAUUGAUGCUGAUUAUAUAAAGGCAGGUCGAAAACGUUUCAAAAAUUUACUUAAACAACCACCUAAUCGCGAUGUGCUUAUUUUAUAUACUGAAUUCGCUAUGUACGAGUUUGAAUCGUUAAGCCAUCCCAAGGAUAUUGGAUCAGUUCAGAAAAUAUUUGAAAAUAUAAUUGCUUCACAUUCGGCAAACGAAAGUCAAGCAUCCGAUUUAUGCUAUACGUAUGUAACAUUUGCGGAAAUGCAUAUCGGAUGCGGCGAGCUAAGGAAGGCAUUGCAAAUAUUAAUUUCUUAUGCUUUAAGUAGCGACAUCCAAAAUGAUGCACCAAUUGGACCUGGGAAGAAACUUGCAGCUCUAAAGAAGGUAACCGAAAAGUUGGAACAGCUUAUUGCUAUCGAAAAAAAUGUUGAAAUCAUGUUGCUAGAGCAAUAUUUGCUGCCCGAUCAUACAGUGUCGUUGUUAAAGGUGCGCAUACUAAUCCAAUGUCUUAUUGGACAAAAAUUGGAAGCAACGACUUAUCUAGAUAAACUACUGAGUGUAUUUCGAAGCGCCAAUGAUAGGCAUAAGUUUCUACGUGAGCAAAUCCAGGAAAUUUAUGUGAUUGCAUUGCAAAUGCCAUGCCAGAAUUACAUUGUGCCAAAUACUUUGGUGCGAGAUAAAAUUUUUGCGGCUAUCAGUGAGUUUCCGCGGAACCUGUUUCUCCUGCAACAUUGCGGUAUGUUGAGCUCGGAGCCAUGGUUCCGAAUACGCACAAUUCUUCUUCGUGCACAACCAACAAUAUUGUCAGUGACAUUUUUAAUUGUCUUGGCACGUUAUCGAUUCCUGCAGGUGAACUGUGAUGAGUUAAUUACGAAUGAGGUUGCAGAUGUUAUUAAAUGGGAUAAGCGAUGUAACGAAUUGAUCAUUCGUAAUCGUAUUCUGCAUAUAUUUAAAACUUUGUCAAGUGAUAAUAAAACUCAACAGACGGGGAAUGCCUUGCUAAGGAAUGCACUAUUUUGGCGAUUAUAUAUUCGAUUUUUAUCGGAUCAGUGCACCGACUUUGAGACAAGCAAAAAGUGUCUGUUGAGUGCUUUGGAUGAGUGUCCGUGGAGUAAGGCCCUGUACCUAGAUGGCGCGACGUAUGUACCGCAAGAGCUGACGCAGCUGCAAGACUUAAUUAUUGAAAAGCAAUUACGUAUAUACUCACUUCCUGAAGAGCUUGAGAUUCUACGAGAGCAUUGAACUAUGGAGAUUAUUUGGCGUAUCUACAUAUGUAUAAAAUAGCCUACAAUUUUUGCUUUUCUAUAAGUAUGUAAAAUAAAACUAAAACCAAAUUGGAUAGUCUUCAUGAAAUAGCAACUAAAAAUUAACAUUUUAGGGGAGCACAUGGAUUUAAAAUAUUUAUUGUAU